AGAGGAAGGUUUACCCAAAGGAUGAGCAGCCCCCACCCAAAAGCACAGACAAGGAGAGAAAGACACAUGGUCUCAACCUCCACCCCUCCGAAGCCGGCCGGCGACUGGGAGCAUCCGAGAGAGCGCGGAGAGCCGCUCCCCGGUCCCGGUCCCGGCUGGGGGAGCGGCGCUCGUUAGCGGAUAAAGGGGAGAAGGUCACAGACGCGACCCCUGAGGAGCCGAGGGUCGUAGAUGCAAGCUUACUCAGGGGCGGGUCCUUCGGCCCUCCGGCCGGUGGCUCGGCUUCUAACAGGCUUCCAUGGGGCCGGGGUUCCUCGGGCCUCCGCCCGCCGUCCACCGGGAGCCGGCAACCCCACUCAGCGGGCGGCCCCGGAACGGCCCGGAGCGGCUCGGCCGGGCCAGCCAAGCACACCCUCGGGAGGUAGCGAUGGCGAAGGAGGAAGUGUUACCUACCGUACGCGGGUCGGGAGCUGGCGGCGGUGGGGCGCGGCUCCAGCGCCCGGCACCCGGCUGACCGGCGGCUGCGCUAGCCGCGUCCUUUAUAUUUUUGCUGCAGCGGCGGCGACUUGUCAAAGGGAAAGACGUAAGAGGCGGCGGCGGCGGCGGCGGCGGCAGCGGCAGGCGAGUCUCGCGGGACUUACGGGGAACUCUCGCGAGAUCAGGAGCUCUGGUCCUCCCUCCUCCGGGCCUCGCGCGGGAGGUGGGAGGCAACCUGAGAGGGAGAGAGAGAGAGAAGAUGCCAGUUUAGGGCACUCAUGGGGAAGCGAUGGGAACUUGGGGGGCCCGGAGACCCUCCCUGUGAGGGUUCUGGGGACGCUCUACCGCCCCAUGCCUCUUAACCUCUGAGUCCUCGCGGAGUCACGUGUGCCCGUAGGGAACUAACAAUUAGGGACAUUUCACAAAGGGCGCUGAAGGAUCAGGCGAGCAUGAACGUGCUCGGGGUGAGCGCGGCACAGUCCGCGAGAGGAUCGGGGUCCGAGUGCUUCGGAAAAGCUGGGGCCCGGCCACACCCCUUUAUCUCGGCUGCGCGCCAGGCGCUCUACUCCUUUUAUCUCCCAUCCCAGCCUGCCCUUAACCUUCUGGCUGGUUAAGUUUACGCCCAACUACUACCUUCAGCCAAAGGUUUUUCUAGAGAGAGAGAACUCAGCGAUUAAGAGGGCUUGCUCUUCCAGAGGACUUGGCUACACUUCUCAGCACCCAAGGCAGGAUGUCCUCGACCACUUGGAACCUCAACACUCACUUCGAACUCUACAAGAAUCUGCACUCACACGUUCACGUACUCUCACAUGCACAUUAAUUUGUUUUUGUUUUCAAGACAGAGUUUCUCUGUAUCACCCUAGCUGCCCUAGAACUCUCAGAAGACCAGGCUGGCCUGGGAAUCAGAGAUUUGCCUGAUUCUGCUCCAGAGUGCUGGGACUAAAGGCGUUUGGGGAAGGGGGAGACAUUAUAAAUAAAAUCUUUUUUAAAAAUUGUUUUGCUAAACACAUACACAUGUGCAUGGUAUAAGCAGCUGGGCAGGGUGGCAAUCUCUGAGAAUUUGAGGCCAGUUUGAUCCACAUACUGAGUUCCCCUUUGGUUCAAUUGGAUAUGUGUAUCAUACAUUUGUCUUUAGCCCAAGACAAAAGCUACAAUUCCGGACUCUCAGCGUUGUGUGUGACUUUGAAUGACUUUCUUGGCUUCCCUGGACCUCAGUUCCUAGUCUGUUGGUUUAGAAUAUGAGUUAUUAUUACAGGGUUCCUCUAAGGAGUAAAAAAAUUGUAACGUUCCGGAUAGACAGGAGAUAAUCACUAAGUGGAACUUCUAAUGGUAUGUACAAAAGUUCUGUGUAUGAGGUGUGUAGUCUAGGUUUGAGAGGCAGAUUAGCAUGGAGUGAUGUCAUUGUUGCCAGUGCUUUUUAUGGUCUCAGAUGUUUGGUUUUGGACCUCGGGACAAGGGACUGAAGUGCAUAUUUUUCAUAUCAAAGCAGACCUGGCCUCCAGAUUCUAC